GUCCCUUUGUGCGCGCCUGGGGCUGCGCGCAGCGUUCAGCAUGAGCGGCUCGGGUGCCGCCGGAGCGGCCGCCAGCUCGGCCCCGCCGGCCCAGGAAGAGGGCAUGACAUGGUGGUACCGCUGGCUGUGCCGCCUGGCGGGAGUGCUAGGAGCCGUGUCCUGUGCCAUCUCUGGACUCUUCAACUGCGUCACUAUCCACCCUCUGAACAUCGCAGCCGGCGUGUGGAUGAUCAUGAACGCCUUCAUCCUGUUGUUGUGCGAGGCUCCCUUCUGCUGCCAGUUUGUGGAGUUUGCAAACACAGUAGCUGAGAAGGUUGACCGGCUGCGCUCCUGGCAGAAGGCUGUCUUCUACUGCGGGAUGGCCAUCGUCCCCAUCGUCAUGAGCCUGACCCUGACUACACUGCUGGGCAAUGCCAUCGCCUUUGCCACCGGGGUGCUGUAUGGACUGUCUGCCCUGGGCAAAAAGGGUGAUGCCAUUUCUUAUGCUCGGAUCCAGCAGCAGAGGCAGCAGGCAGAUGAGGAGAAGCUGGCUGAGACAUUCGAGGGAGAACUGUGAGGUGAGGCAGAGUGCCUGUCCUCAUUGCCUACUGCCAUCGGGGUCUGUGGAUUCUCGAGAAGGCUGAUAUCAGCUCUGUUAAAUGGCCUGGGAGAGGAGCACCUGCAAGGAGCGCGCCUUGAGUCUUCCUGUGCCCACUCUUCCUGUUCCACUCUUCCUGUUCCACUCUGUUCUCCGGACCUCCUGAGCCUGGAGCUCCUGCCCCACUGGCACUGAAGGCCUGGGCUAUGGAUGGGAUGAACUCACUCCUGUCAGCCUGGGGUGCAGAGUCUGUGCUGGUGGCCCUCCCCAGACCUAAGAGCAGCCUCCCCUGAACACACCGGUCCUCACUUGGUUAAGAGGCUUCACCCAGGCUUAAGCCACUUUAGGUUUCACCCUUUUCAGGGUCAAGCUUGCUGGCAGUUAGGGCUUCAGUUCUGCUCCAUGACCUGUCGUCAGAGCAGGCGAAGAACAGUGUCCUGAGGCCAGCGGCUGCCACCAGGAGCAGGAGAGGUGGCUGCUCAUUUGAGAAUCUACAGCAUUUCCCAGGAUGUAGCUUCCUGGGCAGAAGAGCAACUUUGGCAGUGGCCGGAGGGCUGCUGGAAGGUCCCUGCUGCUCGGUGCUAGAAAGUGUGUGUGUGUGUGUGUGUGUGUGUGUGGUCUGUCUGUCUGGUGCGAUGUGCUGUGUGUGUGUGUAUUGCUGCUAGUCUGCACUGAGAACCUCCUUGUCAGGGAUGGCAGGUUCCUUAUGAGUAGGGAUUCACCUCAGGUAUUCUUCCCAACUUGCCCCUGGCAGCCUGGAGCCUUUGGAGAGCUGGGCAGAGACCAGACCCACCUCCCGCACAGAGCUGGCCCCUUCUCGGGUACCAGAGCACAGAGAGUAAGCCUGUGUGGCUGGGGCAAGGAGAGCUGUUCCACUGGCACAUGGCUCCAGGGACAUGUCUUUCUGUCCCCUCACCUUCCUCUGCACUGUUCUCUUCCCACUGUCCUGUGACACUGGCAUCAGUGGCUUGUUAGAUGGGUCCUUGGCCAUUAGGCACAUGUUUGGUGGCCUGGCUGGAGAUGAUGUGUCAAGUGCUGAGCCUUGCCUCCCUCCUGCACUAGAACCCAGCCCCGGAGCCGCCAUGUUUCUAGGGGAUCCUUAGUGUCUCAGUGCUUGAGGCCCGGAGUAGUAGACAUUCUCUUUGGUAUAGAAGUCUGAUCUGUGGACUUCGGGGAUAGCAUAAGUUCUCCAGAGAGCCUGGCCACGCUGAACUCUCGGGUGGCAGAAAUGUAAUAGUGUAGCUAGCUUAGGGGGUCAUGUGCCUUCACCGUUCAUCAGAGGCUAUUUUUCUUGAGCCAGAGGUAUGUUUUAAGGGCUCUGUGUAUGUAUGUAUGAAUGUAUGUGUGUACGUAUGUGUGUUUGUAUAUGUGGAGCCUAUGUUCUCAGUAAGACCUGUCUACCUCCCGGGAGUAGAACAGGCCCCACCUGUUCCUCUAGUUAUUUGGAUAGGCAUGGACUUGGGCCAGUCGUGCCCAGGCCUCCUGCCUCUGCAGUAGAACUCGGAGGCUACAUGCAUGGUGAGAUUGUACUUCACUAGGGAAUCCGUUUUGAGCAGGCAUGGGGCAAGGUAUAAAGGUAGAGGCCCUCAGACAUAGACCAAUGUGGGGCAGUCAGUCACUUAAGUCCUGAGGUUCUUGGCAGGCCCAUGGCACAGUGGCUCUGGAGCCUGUUGCUUUGACUCUGAGCAUGGGCACUGUCCAGCCUAGAUUAGGCCUCAUUCUUGUCUGUGUCUGGAUGUCUUCUGUGGCUCCUUUUGCCAUCCACCCCUGGUUUGUUUGUUGACUAGGUUACAUUUGGAGUAAAGCAAGUUGGUAGUUGGUAUGCACAGUCUGCCUGUCACCUUCUGUCUCCAGUGCCUGUAAUUGGCAGGGAGACCCUGCCUGUGCUAGCUGGGCCUAGCCUGGCCUGAGCCUGCUCACAGGGUCUCAGAGAAAGUAGCCUAGGCACAGAGGGCAAGCUGACCCUGGACCCCAUGGUGACUCUUGCUUCCUCUGUACUGUAAUCAUGUCUAGAGUGUCCUGGCAGUCUGGGCUGAGUUUGGGGGUUGCCUGGCUGCUGCGGUAGGGAGCAUUUCCCUGGGAUAGACCCCACUCCUCUUUCUUCCCUGAGGCUGUAGGCCCAGCUCUUU